AGUCCCGAUCCAGACGGCAAACCGAGCUGACCGCGACAUGUGCCGUGCGUUGAAGUUUAUCCUGUUCGCUUCCUGUGCCGUUUUUUACGGUGGUCUGUUGCAAUCGGUCGCCUCAGCAGCCGACGAUGUUUCCGCCGAUGAGAUCGAAAAGCUGGCCGAACAAGGCCCUCUGCUGGUGAACAACUACAUUCCGGUGACGAUGCAAAUUUUACACCACUGCAUCGAGAUGAUUCAGUACGAGCCGGUAAUGGGUGCGCCUGGGACGGAAGCCAGUGGAAAACCGACAACUACCAGACGUCCAACUACCACGACUACUACAACCACCAGUCCGCCAGAUACUACUUCCUCGAGUACGGCGAAGCCCGUUGAUGCCCUUAUGCAUCCUACCAGUCCGCAUAAGCCCGGCUACUAUGGGCCGGAAAAACCACCCCCAACACCGGCGCCAACUACGGUAGAAACGACCACAACGUCGACGACGACAACAACGACGACGACGUCGACGACCACAACAACGACCGAGUCGCCGCGGGUGGAUAAUAAGCCUAGCGCAGGAAGUUUGCUGUGGAGUGAUAAACCUUUCGCCGAAUGGUUCCUGCAAAACAAACGCAAAGAAGUGCAACAGAAUUCCCUGUUGAAUGUGGAGUUUCUGGAUCAUCUCCCAUUGAAGGUACUGCAGGAUUUCAACGGCGAACCCUACGAGCCGCUAGCUCUGCGACCCGAGGAUAACGCUAACGAGUUCCGGCGCUUGUACGAUGACUCGUACCGGGGGCCAGUUCCCCCAGUAGUGGAGGAGAAGGCAACCAAGAAGGGCGGUAAAAAGAGGGUUCCUCCGACGAAACCGUACCUUCAUAUGCUCGUGCUGUACGAUCUGCUCAAGCGGGAAGCAAAGAAUUCCAUGUACAAUUUUUAUGUGGGCUAUUCGGAAGCAAUUCUUGAGGAAAUGUACCAGAUGAACUUCCCUUCUGCAAAGGAACAGCUGCAAUUUGCGCUGACACAGCUCUUGGAACGUAAGGACAUUACAAAAUCUGAUGUCGUAUCACGGACGAAACAAAUGAUAAAAGAUUUGGAUACUAAGAACAGUGCCAUAACGUAUGCGUUGGAAUUAGUGCCACCGUUGGUUUUUGGAUUGUGAUAUAAACGAAGAAUACUCGGUACGGAAGACAAAUAUAUGUAUUUUUCUAUAAAACUA